AUGGAUAAUUCCCCUUCACUAGAGGAAUUUUUGGAGAAGGUUAAAGCCAAACCCUCUCCUGGGGGAAAACAAUGGGCCCAAGAACAUUGGUCAGAUGCUUCCGCCCUUGUGGAAAGGAUGAUCCUGUUGCAAACCCACUCGAAAUGCAAACCUGGUAAGGGUAAAGCUAUAGUUUGUGCAGCAUUUGGAGCAGCAGUGUCAGCCGCACAGGAAGAGGUAAAAUCCCUUAGAGAGAAAUUAGAACAAGAAAAGAGCAAAGUGAAAGUCCUCUCAGGGGAUGUGGAGAAUUUUGCCAAGGCAGAGGGGGGCAGCGAGGAGAAAUCUGAUACUGGUAGUGGAUUAUAUCCCUCCAAGGAGUUAGAAGAAUUACGGAAAAGAAUGAUAACAAAAGAGGUACCCAUUUCCACUUUAGAACUUGCCAAAUUAAGAAAAUAUUUUGGUAGAUCCCUCAAGGAAUCUGAGACAGAGUAUGUGUGGAGGAUCUCUUUGCUGGGGGGGGAUGAGAUCAUGUUAACUGAAAAGAAAGCAAAUGAAUAUUGGGGACCCAAGGUAUUUUUAACCAUGGGUGAUAAUAGAGCCCGCUGUACCCUCACUCAGCGUGCUGCUUAUUGGAUAGGGGGAUUAAAACCACCAGAGAGAGGAAACCCCCUUGCCAUAAAAAGGGAAGUCGACCAGUUAGUAGAAAGUGUGCAAAAGGAAGCUUGUCUCCAAAUGAUGAAUGAAAGGAAGUCAGACCACAACAGUUCUAUGUUGUUACCUGUGGAUCCCGAAAGAUUAACCCCUCUGAUACAGGGACUCCCUGACUCCUUAAAAGCAAUGGGAAUACAGCUACAAGGCAGAAUUCAGAGUAUUGGUUCUCAAGACAGGUUGUUAACAGCAUUAGAAAUAGCACUUUCACCUGAUUGCAGGUCCUCUGAACAAAAAGCAUGGACGUGGGGGGAGGUAGCUCAAGAGCUCAUUGACUAUGGGCGAAAGUAUGGUCCUGUGGUGCAGAGUAGAAAGUAA